AAAUUUUGCGGUGUCAGAUGUUAAGCAUGUUUUGAUUUGUUCCAGUAGCCGGAUCGAGCUGGGAGAUGUGACGCCACACAACAUUAAGCAGCUGAAGAGGCUAAACCAGGUCAUUUUUCCUGUCAGCUACAAUGACAAGUUCUACAAGGAUGUACUGGAGGUUGGCGAACUAGCCAAAUUAGCCUAUUUCAAUGAUAUUGCAGUGGGAGCAGUAUGCUGUAGGGUGGAUCACUCCCAGAACCAGAAGAGACUGUACAUCAUGACACUUGGAUGCCUGGCACCCUACCGAAGGCUAGGAAUAGGAACUAAAAUGUUGAAUCAUGUCUUAAACAUCUGUGAAAAAGAUGGCACUUUUGACAACAUCUAUCUGCAUGUCCAGAUCAGCAAUGAGUCCGCAAUUGACUUCUACAGAAAGUUUGGCUUUGAGAUCAUUGAGACGAAGAAAAACUACUACAAGAGGAUAGAACCCGCAGAUGCUCAUGUGCUGCAGAAAAACCUCAAAGCCCCUUGUCUUGGCCAGAAUGCAGAUGUGCAAAAGACCGACAACUGAACAAAACCCCAACGAACACUUUCUUGCACUUGCUUGUCGCCAAAUAAGGAAAGAGAGGCCUCUUAAUUUUUCUUUUUUUUUUUGUACUCCACCCCUUCAUCCUCUUAAUUUUUUUUUUUACCUCUCUCCAACAAAAUGUAAUGCUUCUUCCAAGGAUUGUCCAAUCAUGUUUGGGGUUGGGGUUUUUUUUGAGCUCUCCUUUUUCUUUUGUUUUGUUGGGGGGUGGUGGGUGGGGUUUUUGUUGGAGUGGGAAAAGUGUGCAGAUCUCUUAAGUUUGAGGUGUGGAGGGCUUGAACAGGUUAUCCUGAUGACAAGUUUCCUUCAGAAUUAUCUCUUUCAGUAAGCAGAAUGUAAAUCCAAUGGAGGGAAAAAAGGAAAAGCAAUAUCUUGUCCUUUGACUCCUACAUUAUUGUGUUUUUUAUAACCUACAGGGUACUUUACUCCCCCCCACCCUUUGAAUGUUACUUCAGUACUUCCCAUACUUCCUUUUAAUUCCCUCACCUCAAAAAAGUAUGUUUAGCUCUUCCCAAUAUUUUUAAGUAUGGCUUUUUCCUCCAUCUUUUGCUGAUAAGGAUGGGCUACUUUACCAUACCUUUUUCAUUCUGCC